CAGGCCGCCUCCUUUAAUCCGGAGGAGCCGACCUGACACACUGUGUCCAGCCGCGAAGCGUCGCCGUUUUCACGCCCUCGAUGGAGGUUUCCUGAAUCGCAGAGAGGUCCAGUGGUACCGAGGACUGCGCCCUGGCCGGAGGCCGAGCCGGAGGAUUGCGGUGCUCGGCAGACCGCGCCGGGAUCGCUCUUUGGAAUCAUCCUAAGUGUAGAGCUGCCGUGUACCGCCCGUCCAGUCCUGCCAAGCCCAGCUCAGCCCAGCCGCAUUACUCACGCCUCCCGGCGGUCGAUGGCUUCUGCGGAGCAGCUAGACAUGGAGGUGAUGACUCCACUCAUCGAUGACUUGGGGCUGCAUUCUGAGGAGAAUUCAGAUGAGGACCCUGAAUUGCCUCCGGUGCAGAGGAAUUACGACCUGAGCCCCCGUCAGGGCAUUACGUUUUUUCAAACUCUCGUCCAUUUGCUGAAGGGGAACAUCGGCACAGGUGUGCUAGGCCUUCCUCUGGCCGUACGGAAUGCCGGAAUUAUUGUAGGGCCCAUUAGCCUGGUGCUAAUCGGGGUGGUGUGUGUACACUGCAUGCACAUCCUGGUCUCCUGCAGCCAUCACCUGUCUGAAAGGCUGAAGAGACCUCCCGUGGGGUACAGUGACACCGUUACCCUGGCCAUGGAGCACAGCUCCUUCCGGAGUCUUGGGAGAGGGGCGUCAUUCGGCAGACAUCUGGUGAACUUCUUUCUGGUGCUGACCCAGCUGGGCUUCUGCAGCGUCUACUUCGUCUUCCUGGCGGAGAACGUCAGACAGGUGGUGGAGGGGUACAGGGGGAACAGCACGGAGUCACCCCCCCGUGGCUUGAGUGGUGGCAACGUCACCAUGGAGACGGGCCCCGAGCCCUGGGCCCUGGACCUGCGGCUCUACAUGCUCCUCUUCCUGCCCUUCCUCGUGCUGCUGGUCUUCGUGAGAGAUCUCCGGAGCAUGGCCGCGCUCUCUUUCCUGGCCAACCUGUGCAUGGCCGUCAGCCUGCUCAUCAUCUUCCAGUACAUCCUGAGUGAUGUCGGGGACCCACACCGUCUCCCCUAUGUCUCCAGCUGGAAGAGGAUUCCCUUUUUCUUCGGAACAGCCAUUUUUGCCUUCGAGGGAAUCGGAGUGGUCCUGCCGCUGGAGAACCAGAUGAGGGAGCCAAAGCGAUUCCCCCUGGCACUCAACAUUGGCAUGGGGAUCGUCAUAGUGCUGUACGUCACCUUGGCCACACUGGGGUACCUCCACUUUGGGGAGAACAUCAAAGGCAGCAUCACACUGAACCUGCCUCACGACGCCUGGACCAACCAGAUGGUGAAGAUCCUCUACUCCUUUGGCGUGUUUCUUAGUUACUCCAUCCAGUUCUUUGUGCCUGCGGAGAUCAUCCUGCCUCCGCUGAGGGCACGGCUGCAGGAAGCCUGGAGGGUACCUUGCGAGCUGGUCGUUCGAGCCCUGCUCGUCUGCCUGACCUGUCUGACAGCUGUGCUCAUUCCUCGACUGGAUCUGGUCAUCUCCUUUGUGGGUGCGGUGUCCAGCACUGCCCUGGCCCUGGUCUUCCCCCCAUUGGUGGAGAUCAUAACCUUCGCUGACCGGAAGUGCCACCCAGGAAUGGUGCUGAAAGACCUCCUCAUCGCCACCGUGGGCUUCAUAGGCUUUCUGGCUGGCACCUAUGUUACUGUAGAGGAGAUCAUUUCCCCAGAAGUGUCCUGCCAGCUCCCGGACCUCUUCAACACUUCAGACCCCUCAGGCUGGAACCGGACCACACCUGGUGCAUCAACACCAGUAUGAUGGAAGGCAGACUAUGGGAUCAGCAGCCGUCGUCAAAUCCAUAUGCUUUUCUUUCUUGCGACGGUGGUAUCCACAGGGCCAGUGGAAGAGGCCACACCUUCAAACAGCUUUCCCAUGCCUUGCUGCAAUUUCAAAAUCUCAGUCUUGGAUCCUAGGCAGCCUGUUACAUUUUCGAAGUUUUUUUUUUUCCUACCUCCAUUAUAGGAUAAGAAAUACGAUGCAAAAAAUCACAAAGAAGGAACUGUACAAAAGCCUCACAGAGCAUUGGCUUUAAGGGGGAGGUUGUUUCGUUGCUUUAUUUUGUGUCUGGUCAUGAACUAAGCUGCUCCACAGGGAGCAGGCUGUGAAACCUCCACCUUUCCCCUCGUAGUACCCAACAGAUGCUGUCAAGGUGACCUUUUUCUGGGCUAAUACAGUAAGCCAAGGAACCAACACCUUUCUGUGCAGGUGUUGGGCGAGAAUAUAGACUGAUGUUUGACCUGAGUCUCCAAUGUAUGGGUGGGGCCUGAACAAGAUAUGUAAAUGAUACCAUAAAAUUAGAGAAUCUUAAAAUGAGUAUUUUCUGUGCAUGCGUCACUACACUAUGGACAGGAUCAUAACCCAGUCUUACGAACAAAGAUCGGGUCAUGAUCCUGUUCAUACAAGCAAGGACCGGGUGAUGGUCCCCGUCCAUAUGAGCAAGGAUCGGGUUAUGAUCCCGUUCGUAUGAGCAAGAACUGGGGGGUGGUCCCGUCCCUACAAACAAGGAUCGGGCUAUGGUGACAUUUGCACAAGCAAGGACCAAGCGAUGGUCCCAUCCACACAAACAAGGACCGGGCCAUGGUCCCGUCCAUAAGACCAAACGCUGGGCGAUGGUCCUAUCCCUGUGAAGAUUCGUUCGGCUUCAGGUUGGCAUUUCCUUUACCUGUCAUUAGCUGGUUCAUUCCUCUUAAUUAUUUGCUUGUUUGAAGGUAAUUUCUAUGCUUGUGGGUCUCGGUCAUUGUUCAGUUACAAAGGCCUUGGCGUUCUGCCUGGCAGCCACGGGAGAUCCAUAAAUGUCUCCGUUUCACACUUGCAACAUCCAUCUGUUAAGUCAAUCACACAAUUAGCAUGUGAUUAACUGACAUUAGCAAGAAAACAUAAUUGCUUCCCACAGAAGUACCUUGGAUUGUAUCCCUGUUCCCAGGAGUGUGAAUCUCUCCCCAUUUGUUUGAUUUUUGGGUGACAAACAAAUUUGUUUUGUUUGUAAUGUUUGCAUUUCCAUUCCAGUGAAGGGGUGAAGUCUGUGAGACAAAUAUUAGCCUAAUGUUUCACCAUUUAACUCAUUUGUUUGCAUUACGUACCAGAAACAGCCAGUGCUGGUUUGGACAGAAUUAGGGCUUCUCAGCUUUUUUUUAUUUUUGGGGGGGGGUAUCAAAUUAACAGUUUACAUCAAACGAGCACUUAUUUAUAAAUGAAAAAUGUUAUUCUUAAAUGGUACAGACAAAAUAAUUCCGUACUGGCCAAUACUGGACCAUGUGAUCUGUACAUGUGGCAGUGUGUGCAUUACAUGUUACAUGUUGAACUUGGAUAAACCAUAGGUUGUGUCAUAGUGCCAUUGAUAGUGCCAAAUGUAAUUAAUGUCUGAAAUGUGACUUGGAACCAGCAAAAUCAAUUAUGCAUGCUUUUUAAAAUAUCUUGGAUAUUGGGUAAUUUCGGGUCCUUAACAUACACAAUAAAUAUUGAGGUUUUACACCAA